UUAUAUCGCUCCGCGGCGUUCUGCUUCACCCGACGCCAAAAGGUGUCGAGGGUUUCAGACGGAGGGAAAGAGAAGCGAUGUCGUCUUCUUUCGACGAUGUCUUCGACCUCGACGACGAAGAGGUGGCGGUCAGGGCUUCCGUCGGCCCCUUCGACGACGACGACGACGGCUACGUCGGCUACGACCCCCGCCUCCCCUCCCAGCGCUUUGACGCCGUCUCCUCCUCCUUCUCGCCCGCCGCCGCUACCGACGACGUCGACGCCGAGGACCCGGUCGCCGACGACCCAUCAGGUGGAUACGGGGGGUUCCACGAUGUACCCGUCCUCCACGUCUCUGGCGACGGCGGCAGCUCCCCCCCGUUGCCCGAGGGUUACGGGUUCCUUGCGGACCCGCACCCUUCCGACUUCUCCUCGGUGCCCGAACCUAACGGGAUGGCCUACGGGGAGGUGGAUCAUGACGGGGCGUUCGCUUCGGACGGGCCGAUCCUGCCGCCACCGAGCGAGAUGCAGCUGGAGGAAGGAUUUAUUCUGCGGGAAUGGCGCCGUCAAAACGCUAUCCUUCUUGAGGAGAAAGAAAGGAAGGAAAAGGAGCAUCGGAAUCAAAUUACAGCGGAAGCUGAGGAAUACAAGCUAGCAUUCAACGAGAAAAGGAAAUUGAACCGUGAGACAAACAAGAUCCAAAAUAGAGAAAGGGAGAAGCUAUUCGUGGCGGAUCAGGAGAAGUUCUAUGGCAACGCAGACCAGAAUUACUGGAAAGCAAUCUCAGAGCUGAUACCACGUGAGAUACCGAGCAUUAAGAAGAGGGGAAAGAAAGAAGAGAAGAAGCCAUCAAUCGUGGUUGUACAAGGACCAAAGCCUGGCAAGCCGACUGACCUCUCAAGAAUGCGUCAGAUAUUGGCAAAGCUUAAGCAUAAUACACCGACACAUCUGAAGCCCCCUCCACCACCUGCCCCAGCUAAAGAUGGAGCUGCUGCCACCGGGACCAAACAGGAAGCAGCCACUACAGAAACCACAACAAACAGCAAGCCCUCAACUUAAGCUGCUUCAUCUUAGAUGUGUGCCAUGUUGACUUGUACUGGGAACCAUCCAUGAUACUAUGAUAACCACGAGGAGGCCAUUUCAGAAUCAUUUCCAUCCUUUUCUUUUAAUCUUCUGUUAUAAUUCACUUUUAUC